CAGAGCAUCAGCGGCGAUCGGGGAUGACGUGCAGCAACGUGCAGGUAAACGACGACGCGGCACGACCUUUUAUCGCGCUGCCCUCUCGUCGAGCACAAGCAGCCCCGGCUCGGCGUCUUCCAGGAAGAAUACACAAUUGCGAGCGCCAGCAGAAAGCAGCCAGCACCAGGCCGGCCACCAGCGGCAGCCGCAGCAAAAACACCACUGCGAUGGCUCCCAACAACACGAGCAUCACCGCAGCUCUCGUCGCCUCCGCCGCCGCCUUCUAUUUCGCCAAAAAGAAGGCGCACCCGCUGUCGAGCUGCGGCGCACCGCGCGGCCGCGCGCGCGUCUUCACGCUCGCGGCCGUGGACCGCACGGACUCGCCCGGCGGCGCGACGGCCGGGCCGCCGGGCCGGCCGGCCGCGCACUACCUCGACGUCGCCGAACCCGCCGUGGACAUCCCCGUCGCCGAGCUCUUCGCGCCGGGGUCCGACUUCGUGCUCUACGCCGUCGAGGACGUCGGCGGCGAAUCGCCGUACCUCGUCUUCGCGGCGCUGCCCCCGGCCGAACGCGCGGCCGUCUGGCGCGACGAGGCCUUCAUCGACCGGGGCCUGCGGAAGCACCUGGCGCUCGAUACGGAAGUCGCUGUGGCGUCGCUCGCGUCCGUCGAGGACGCGGUCAAGGCCGCGCGUCGCAACCUCGCGUCGGGCGCGUGGCGCGUUUCUUUUGUGUGGAACACGGGCCGCUGCGGCUCGACGCUGCUCCACAAGGCCACGACGAACCUCGGCGCGGUGUCCCUCUCGGAGCCGCACUGGCUCGACCAGCUCAUGUACGGCCACGGCGGCGCCGACGCCGCCAAGCUCCGGCGCGCGCUCGCGGCCUGCGUCGCGGCCGAGGCGACGAUCGCGCGCCUCCAGGACGGCUGGAGCGGCGCGACGCAGUUCUUCCUGAACCCGAAGGCGGGCCCGCACGCGCUCGUGCCCGAGGCCGCGGCCGCGUUCCCGACGUCGACGCACGUCUACGUGUACCGCGCCUGCGAGCAGGUCGUCCAGUCCUUCGCGGGCCUCAAGUUCGGCGGCGGCAUCCCCGCGCCGCUCCGGCUCAUGUGGCUCCUCGGCCGGGGCCCGCUGCCGACGCGGCCCGAGCUGCAAAGCGUCUCCUCGUGGCCCGUCGCGUUCCUCGCGACGCGCUGGGUCGAGUCCGUCGCCGGCUGGGCGGACCUCGUCGCGGCGCGGCGCGCGGCGCGCGGGCCCGGGGACCCCGUCGGCGGCGCGCUCAACGUCCGCUUCGACGAGUUCACGUCCAAGGACCUCGCGCUCCGCGAGGCGGUGCUGCGCGAGGUGCUGGCGCACGUCGGCCUCGUCGCGGCCGACGCGGACGACGGCGCGCUCGCGCCGGCGCUCGCGGCGUUCGAGAAACACUCGCAGGCGGGCUCGGCCAUGUCCGGCCCGAAGGCCAAGGUCGUCCAGGACGCGGACCUCCCCGCCAUCCGCGCGUGCGUCGCGGCGGGCCUCGCGGCGACCGACGUCGUCGUCGAGGGCGGCGGCGCGAACGUCCUCCUGCCGCGGUCGGCCGGGUUGAAGUCGUGAGUGUUUAGGACCUGA